GUAAGAUGCCACGUCCGUCAGCUCAAGAACCAGCUCCUUCACGUCGACGAGGAUUGCGUCCACAAAACACUGAUUCCUCAAACAUUGAUCGUUUAUAUAAAAUUCGUCCGCUUAUUGAUGCUUUAAAUAGAAACUUUGACUCUGUUCCAAAAAGAAGUCGUUUGUGUGUGGAUGAACAAAUUUGUGCCACAAAAAUUAAGCACUAUUUGAAACAAUACUUGCCAGACAAGCCUCACCCGUGGGGCAAUAAGUUAUUUUUGAUGUGUGACGAUAUGGGAUUCUGCUAUAAUUUUGAAAUUUAUUCUGGCAAUGAAGACCAUGUUUUGGAAAAUGAACCAGAUUUGGGAGCAGCAGCAAAUGUUGUGGUGCGGCUUGCUCGUAGAGUUCCGCGUUUCAAGAACUACAGAAUUUUCUUCGAUAACUAUUACACAACUAUUCCUUUAUUGGCUUAUUUACGCACCCAGGGAAUCUAUGGGCUUGGAACAGUUCGACGUAACCGAAUUCCUGGCUGCAAAUUGCCAGAAAAAUUACCCAAUCGAGGAGACUGCGAAGAAUAUAUGACCAGUAUUCAUGGUAUAGAUAUAACUACUAUAGCAUGGAGGGACAACAAAGUUGUAAAUAUGGCAUCGACUUUGCUUGGCAUCAAGCAAUUGAAAUCGACAAAUGCAAACGACACUGAUGACGCGCCUACGAUUGCCAGAUUUGACAAAAAAAAAAAUAAGUGUAACGUAAAUAUUCAGUGCCCUGCGAUAAUCCACGAGUACAACAAGUACAUGGGAGGUGUUGAUCUUAUGGAUUCGUGCUUUGGUAGAAGCCGCAUAAGAAUAAAGUCACGCAAAUGGACAAAUCGUCUUAUAUACCAUAUGAUGGACAUGGCCAUGAUAAAUGCAUGGAUUUUAUAUAAACGCCAAUUCUCUUCAUCUCCUCGUACAAAUAACAUGCUGACUUUGCACGAAUUUAUCGUAGACGUCAGCAAAGUUUUAGUCAAAUCUGGCACACAAGGUCGUCCAAGAAGCACUGGAGAAUGUGAGACCCCUGAAAAUGUGCCAAAACGAGUUCGGGUAGUAAUGCCGCCUAGUGACGUGCGGUUUGAUAAUGUUGGGCACUUCCCGAAAUACCUAACAACAGGCAAACCUCGCUGUAAAAUGCCCAAUUGCACAUCUAGAACAACAGUGUAUUGCAUUAAAUGUGAGGUAGAAUUAUGUUUCCAAUCAACAAAAAACUGCUUUCUAGAAUAUCAUACAAAACAUUGAAUAAAUGAACUGAAAUAUAUAUAAUUUAAAUGAAAAUAAAAAAAAUCAUAUAUAGACCAUAUGCAUUUUACUUGUCAAAGGAGUGCCUGGUGGUUCUUCAAAGAACCAACACACAAAACCUCCCCUAAAAUGUCCAAAACUCAAAAUUGUGAAAAGUCGUAGAACAAACAUUGUUAAGGGUCCUAAAAUACAUCAUAUAAAAUUUUUUCAUUGAAAAAGAAAAAGUCAGGCUAUUG